AUGACAACGAAUCUAAAAGUUCACAAUGUUUGGAGCUUUGUGGAUGGUUUACAACGAGGAGCUGAUGAAGUCGUUCGUAAAAAGGACCAGUUGGCACUUUCACAAAUUUAUCAAGGAAUUGAUUACUCAGUAUUUGAAAAAAUUGCAAAUGCCAAGACGACUAAAGAAGCAUGUGACAUAUUGAAGUUGUUAGAUAAAGGAGUUGAGAAGGCUCUGAAGUUCAAAUUACAAUCGUUGCAUAGAGAAUAUGAAAGGUACAAAAUGUCUAAUUCAGAAACAGUAGAACGGUAUUUUUCUCGUGUUUUAAAUCUCGUCAACAAGAUGAAAGUAUAUGGAGAAGAUAUUCCAGAUAGUAAAGUGGUAGAAAAAAUUCUACGUACGAUGUCGAUGAAGUUUGACCAUGUGAUGACUACGAUAAUUGAAUCACACGACACAGCCACCUUGUCUGUAGCAGAGUUAUAG